AUGCUUCACGACCGACGCCUGGUGCUGCUGGCCCUGCUGGGCUCUUGUCUCGCUCAGAACAACACAGGAAAUCACAAUUUUCAGUACGUGGAUCCGCUCAUCGGAUCAUACAAUGGAGGCAAUGUAUUCGCAGGAGCUUCUCUACCAUUCGGAAUGGCAAAAGCAGUGGCCGAUGUGUCAGGCCAAAACACCGCGGGCUGGUCGUACGACUACUCUAACGUAACGGGGUUUUCAGCACUGCACGAUUCUGGGACCGGCGGACAGCCAUCAAUGGGUAACUUCCCCAUCUCCGUGCAGCCCGAAUGCGGUGGUGACUCUAUCAAUGGCUGCACAUUUGGCACAAAGUACGGCAGAGCCGUCAACUACCGCAAUGGCUCGAUCAAAGCUCACCCCGGAUACUUCUCGCUCGGCCUUACGAAUGGCGUCGAUGCUGAAAUGACUGUGACAGAACACACUGCUUUGUACAACUUCCACUUUGGCCGCAACGUAUCAAGCCCGUUAUUCCUCUUGGACUUGACGGAUCUGCAAGACAGCCGACAGAAUGCAACCGUCAGUGUGGACCCAAACACAGGCAGAAUCAAGGGCAAUGGCACAUUCUUGCCCAGUUUCGGAGUGGGCUCGUACCAGUCAUACUUCUGUGCAGACUUCAAGGGCGCUUCCAUUCGGGAUUCUGGUAUCUGGGUGAACGAGCGCGCAGGAACCGAUCAAAAGCAUUUAUUCGUCAACCGCGGCUACAGCCUGUUCUACAUCCAAGCAGGCGGCUUCGUUCGAUUCCGUAAACCCUCGAAUGGGACAGUCCAAGCUCGCAUGGGCGUGAGCUUCCUGAGCACUGACCAGGCAUGCCAAAACGCAGAGCAAGAGAUCCCACACUGGAAUUUUAACAAGGUCAAGGCCGAUGCAGAGACGGCGUGGAAGCAAAGACUAGACGGCGUAGUCGUUCAACCAGGCGGCGUCUCUGAUGCCAUGCAGAAGACAUUCUUCACCGGUAUCUACAGGACCAUGAUCUCGCCGCAGAACUACUCUGGCGAGAACCCGCUCUGGCAAAGUUCAGAACCAUACUUCGACUCCUUCUACUGCAUCUGGGAUUCCUUCCGCACAACCUUCCCCUUCCUCACAAUCUCCCAACCAGAUGCCUUGGCACAAAUGGUCCGUAGCUUGAUCGAUACCUACACUCACCUCGGCUGGCUCCCCGACUGCCGCAUGCAGUUCUGCAAAGGCUUCUCACAAGGUGGUUCCAACGCAGACGUCGUCAUCGGAGACGCCUACGUCAAGAACCUCUCCGGCAUCGACUGGAACCAAGCCUACCGCGCGGUCGUCAACGACGCCGAAAACGAGCCCUUCGACUGGGGCGUCAACGGCCGCGGCGGCCUACAAUCCUGGAAACGACUCGGCUACAUCCCCGUCAACGACUACGACUACCUAGGCUUCGGCCCAGCCUUCCACAGCGUCUCCCGCUCCCUCGAAUACGCCUACAACGACUUCUGCAUCGCCGAAAUGGCGCACGGCCUCAACCACCCCACCGACUACGAAAAAUACCUCACCCGCAGCGCCAACUGGCUCAACCUCUACAAACCCAACCAAACCUCCUUCUACCCCAACGGCACCUCGACGGGCAACUUCACGGGCUUCUUCCAACCCCGCAACCUCAACGGCACCUGGUCCUACCAAUCCCCCUUCGCCUGCUCGCCCCUCGACACCAUCUUCUGCUCCUACUCCUCCAACCCGACCGAAACCUUCGAAUCCUCCAUCUGGGAAUACCAAUUCUACGUGCCCCAAGACCAAGCCACGCUCAUCAGCACCCUCGGCGGUCCCGCCGCUUUCAUAAAACGUCUCGACUACCUGCACGACUCCGGCCUCCUCGACAUUGGCAACGAACCCAGCGAACUGACCUGUUUCCAAUACCACUACGCCGGCCGCCCCGGGCUCUCCUCGAAGCGUCUGAGGACGUACAUCCCCUCGCACUUCAACGCCUCCAUCAACGGCCUCCCCGGCAACGACGACUCCGCGCCUCCGGCUCCUUCUUGGCCUUCGCCAUGUCCGGCCUCUUCCCCCUACACGCACCCGGAGACUGGUAAGACCGCCACGAUCAAGAACGUGAAUUUCAAAACGGGCGACGCAAGCAGGAUUUAUGUGCAGAGUGCGCGGUUGGAUGGGGAGGUGUAUAAUCGAAGUUGGGUCACGCAUGAGUUUUUCACGGGAGGGGGGGUUUUGGAGUUAGUGUUGGGAGAUGAGGAGGGGGACUGGGGAAGGAUGGAGGAGGAUUUGCCGCCUAGUUUGGGGGCUGGGCAUAACUAUCAUCCUUAUGCGUGA